CCAAGAAGAUCUCUGGCUACAUCAUCAAGUAAGAUGAAGUCGAAAGAAGCUUGUAAACUUUCUACUGGGGAAAUAAAUGAAGACAAUUCCCUUAAUGGUGCCUUCCAUAAACCAUCUUCAAGUGAAUCCAUUGGCCCAGAUCCGGGGUCAUACGCGCAGGGCUUGAUACGAGAGAAAAUAAACGCAGGUGAUGGAGUGAAACGGGAGGAAUACUCGUCUGAAAAGGAUCAUUCGGCGAAUUCACUGGUUCAUAAAGGAGCAAUGCCUCAAAAAAGCGAUGUUAGUCAACUAAUCAGCGAUGGAGAAAUGCAAAAGCAAAAGGGAAAAGGGAAAAGAUUGGUUCCACUCACAGUAUCGACUCUUAUCACAUCCUCGGAAUCAAUGUUCCAGGAAAGCAGCGAUCAACCUGAAAAGGGAGACGGGCAGCUGCAGAGGAUGAAAAGUCCUGAGCUGUCACGCAAGUUUGGAUCGAACCUCUCACUUCGAACAUUGGAUGAAAAUGGUCGUCCUAUGACAGCACUAAAAAACGACGUUUCUUUUUCCGAUCUGAAUUUGGCAGUGGAAGAGUGGUUAACAAGAGACUUUAAGCGUUACGCUUCCAAUUUUCGUGAGCACGGAUAUGAUACAGCAGGAUUUCUACCCGGAAUGACAGAUAAGGAUCUGCAACUAAUUGGCAUCCAUACCAGAGGACAUCGCCAGAGGCUUCUACGAGAUAUUAGGAAAAUUCCGCGACUGGACAUCGAAGAGGAUAUCCCUCUAGACGUUCAGGAAUGGUUGGAAGAGCAUGGUCUGGGCGAUUAUUGGCCCAAGUUUGAAUCUAGUGGAUAUACAGAACCCAACGACUUGGAAGAUUUGAAAAAGAUAAACAAAGACAACCUGAAAGAGACGUUUAACAUCCACAAACCUGGCCACUUCAACAGGCUUUUAUUUGCCAUUCGUAAACUGCAAUACCCCAAUCAAGGUCAAAUCAAACUUCGUCAGACGCGGCGUGAGCUGGAUCGUCUUCCAUUGCUCUACCUGGAUGUGGACAACCAGGACGACGGCAUUGAGUAUGAAUUCUGGGAAGGUUUACGCCAAACAUGUCUAGUCCCUGAAUUAAGUGCCUUUGACCAGACUUCCGAGCUGAAAGAAAAACUCGUGGAAUUGCGAAACACAGCCCUUUUGAUAUUUGGUGUCAGCAAUGCCUUAUGGACGGUAAUAGUACUGACUCUGGUGCAGCAAAAAGACCUGAAGGUCUUUGGAGUAGACGUUAUUGGGCUUGCUUUUCUACUUAUUUACGGGCUUUUAGUUGUUCUUCAGUUUCUGGCACUUUUAGCCCAUCGUUUCAAAACUAUCGUUCAUAUUUUGGCGCGUACACCCUGGACACUAAGCAAGAGAGUUGGAAACAAUCGUGUUUCUUCCGUUGAAUCUGGGAACAGUCAUCCAACACACUAAUGAUAAUUAGCAAUUAAAAUAGAUAUCAAACGGCCGAGGUCGAGAACUAUUGACUUUUAAUGAACACCUCUUUUAUCUCAGAGUUUGAGAUAUCAUGAAUAAAAUGACAUUAUUCCAUUCAGGCCAUUAAGGACUAGAAAAGCUGAUGCAGAAGUCAACGAGAUCUGUUAGCAAGUCCUGCAAUUCAGUCAAGGUUGAAUUUUUCUGUUCGCUGUCCUCCUUAUACCCGUUAUGUGUGCGGGGAAGGCAUGGAAUAACAUAAUUAUUCAUUGUUCUCCAGGGUUAUUCCACGAAUAUCCCACUUGUGACUUGCUGUUGGAAUAGGGGAAGAUAUCACCCGGUUAAACCCAUUCAGACCAGGUGGAGGAAGACUGAUAUGAUUGCCUCCCGCACAAAUUAUCGGUUUAUCAAGGAUUUGAUCGAAAAAAUGUUACCUUUGGCUAGGAAGUUUUAAUUAUAUUGUAACAGAUCAAAAGUUACAAUUAUAUUGUAACAAAUCAAUCAGACAAGUCUUUAAGUGAGGCUUUCACACAGUAAUGAUUAUAACGCUCAAUUUGGAAAGGUUGCCGAAAAGCACUAUCUUGACAGAAUAUUGAAAACUUUAUCAAAAGAUUUGUAAAAACUUCUGCAUCAAGUCAGAUCCACAGGAAUGCCAUCUCAUCAUAUUCAAAACUCGGCUCUUUUCACAUCUUUGACAGUUAACAAAUUUUCAUUCUUUAUAAUGGUGUUGGAUAUAUCGAAACGUCGAUUAACGUUUCUUUUAAUUAUAUUCUAUGAAUUAGUAACUUUACUUCUUGGAAAUGUUACAAUUUGAUGCACAGAAACAAAUAAAAAUGACUCCUAGCUUGCUAUCACUGUACUGAGCUAGGUAUCGAAGACGACAAAAAGAAAAAAAAACACACUAGACUUGUUGCACCAAUCGCUCGACAGCUUUACUGUUCCCUGGUGGGGGAGGCUAUUUUGCGAGUGUGCGAGCCCGAGCCUCGAGCCGCAAGCUGCGAGCCGAGGGUUUCUUUUACGAGCCCCGAAAGAUUCCCGCCAAAAUGUCCAAAAAGAAAAAAAAAAAAAAAAAAACGGGCAUAAUGCCCUAAUAUGGUAUUUAUUACAUGCUGGGUACCUCCACUGAACGUCAAACUGACCGGUCAGAGACCAGUGGGAAUAGCCGAGGAAAAUGGAACGACAUUUUCCGAUCAAAUUGGGCCGCCUAAGAGGAAUGGCUCUCACCCUGUUUUAUUCCCUUUCCGAAUUCUCUACAUAAGUGAAGAGAAAAGGGCAAUGAACCCGUUUGUCAAAAGUUAAACGGCAAAUUUCAUUUGGACCGGUCCGACGGAAAUAAGUGGACCACCUCAGGAGGUGAUCCCGAAUAUUCCGGUCGGAAAGAACCGAAAAGGACCAUUUUACAUCCGACCGAAAUUUCCGGUAUCUUUGGCAUAAUGAAAGCACCCGCGGUCUUCAUGCGUUGAUGCACUGUAGCAUGGCAAGUGAGGUGAUGGAGAGUUUUCCUUUUUUUAAAAAGAUUAUUUCUACCAAUUAUGCAGAUAUUUUAGGACGGACAGUCCCAUCUUGGUUUUGAAUUACCCUGCAGAUUUUGGUAGCUGGAAGAGAGGUAAACUUUUGCAAAUCUUUAAGUGAUUUUUUUCAGCGCAGUAAAUUGUAUUGACUUUCACAGGGCGAAGUUUCGUGUUAUAGCGAAAUGAAGGGUCAGUGAAUUACCUAAAGGAUUUAUAUUCCAGCGGGAUUCAAGCAAAACGUUAGACCAAACUGAUGUGUAAAUACGGUUAUAAACCAACUUCUACUAAUCAUUGCCGUGCGGAUGGGUUUUGUACCCAAACUAUAGAAUUGCUCGAAAUAAGCGAUCCUCCUGUCGUUCAAUUUUACCGGGAACCAUUU